AUGGAGUCGGCGGCACACGUCCCCGCUGCGCCUCGUGUGGCGCUGACGCCCGCCGAUGUGAAGAAGUUAAUGGACGCGGCGCUGCGCAUGCAACGCGCAGGCCAGAAGAACCACCCAAAGUACCAGCAGAUCGUGACGCUGCUGCGGCAAUACCAACAGCUACAUCACACGCGCCAGCAGCAAAUGCAGACUCAGACGCUGCCGCUUCAACAUACUCAGAUGCAGCCUCAAACUCAGACACCUCCUUCCCAGUCCCUGGAUGUGGCUGCCAACCCGUUCAUGCAGCAGAAGACGGCCCUUUUCUCGGACAGGCAGCUCGAGUACCUUCACAACCAGAUUCGCGCUUACAAGGCCUUGUGUCACUCGAUGGACACAGCCAUUACACAGGCCAAGCAGCUUAGUGCGGCGGGUCUCAGUAAGCAGCCAACAAAUCCUACCAACGCAAUGAUGGGGGAGUCUAUGGGGACCAUACAGCCGCCCCCACCCUCUGCUGCGGACCCCCCAGUGCUGGAACUCAUGACUCCCAAGUGGACAAGAGCAGCUCGCAAUUUGCUGUUUAUUGGUCCGACCUAUUUGGACGGAGAUCUCAUUGGGAUCGAGGACAAGGGCAACUUGGCAUUUGGUCCCUUCAAUAUCUGCGCGCCUUGGCUUGGAACUAACGACGUGGCAUUGAAGAUGCGGUACCUGGACACACUGAAGCAGUUCUUGGCUUCAAGUCUGGACAAAUUGGAAAGUCAUACUGGAGAUUUAGACGAGAACGAGCAACGCACACUGAGAGAUCUGCGCUGUGUGUUGCUGCAGCAGAAGCUGCGGAGUCAUGUGGCAAAGACCCACAGUACCAGAUUGGCUCUGCUGGGAGAACCUUGUGCAGUGGACCGGAAAUCAUUCCGACGCCGUCGUCCAGUCUCACGUGUGGAGCUGCAGGGUGACGAGCGUGAGAAGCGCAAGAAGUCUGUGGCGAUGGAGAAGAAGCGGCGCGCAGACCAUCAAAUGUACUUGAAGGCUGUUCUCAACCAUUCGCGCGAGUUCUUUGCGUAUCACAAGAAUGUUAAGGCACAGGUGAGUAAGUCUGCAAAGGCUGUAAAGGGAUUCAUCGACCAACGUGCCUCCAAGGCUGAACGUGAAGAAGAUCGCCAGGAGAAGCUUCGUCUCAAGGCCUUGAAGGCCAAUGAUAUGGAAGCUUACGGAAAGUUGGUGGCAGAAGCGAAGAACGAGCGCCUGACAUACCUGCUGAGUCAGACAAACAGCUACCUGGACAGCAUUCGAAAGUUGGUGCGUCAACACAAAAAGAAACAUCACGUGGUGGACGAGUACACAGCGCAUUACGAUGCUCAUCAUGAUGGCAGUAAAGACACGAACGCUGACGACUUGGAUGACGAUCUGAACUACUUAGAGAUCGCGUCGAAAGGAGAACUGCCUCGACAGCCGCUCAUGUUGGUUGGUGGUGAUUUGAAGGAGUAUCAGCUGCGAGGCUUACAGUGGAUGGUGUCUCUGUAUGACAACCAUCUCAACGGCAUCUUGGCUGACGAAAUGGGUCUCGGGAAGACGAUCCAGUCUAUUUCGCUGCUCACGUACGUGACGGAGGUGAAACACAACCACGGCCCAUUCCUCGUGGUUGUGCCGCUGUCUACUUUGUCGAAUUGGGUGAACGAGUUUAAAAAGUGGGCACCUGAUCUCGUGCUUGUCGUGUACAAAGGCCCUCCACAGGUGCGCAAGGAGCUCCACAAGCAGGAAAUGGCGUCAUGCCAGUUUAAUGUGCUCCUGACAACAUACGAGUACAUUAUGAAGGACAAGCACGUGCUGCGUAAGUAUGACUGGCAGUACAUUAUCGUGGACGAAGGUCAUCGCAUGAAGAAUGCGCAGAGUAAGUUCGCCAUGACACUGGGAAGUAUGUACACAUCGCGCAACCGACUGCUGUUGACUGGCACACCGCUGCAGAAUAGCCUGCCUGAGCUGUGGGCGCUUCUGAAUUUUCUGCUGCCGACUAUUUUCGAGUCUGUGGACACGUUCGAGCAGUGGUUUAGUAAACCGUUUGCGCAGUUCUCGGGUAAUGGCGACUCGAAUGAGUUAUCGGAUGAGGAGCGGAUGCUGAUUAUCAAUCGACUGCAUCAGGUGCUGCGUCCAUUUUUGUUGCGACGUGUGAAGGCUUCUGUGCUAGAUCAGCUUCCUGACAAGGUGGAGAAGGUGCUGAAAUGUGAACUGUCAGGAUGGCAGAAGAUUAUGUACCGACGUAUCCAGGAAGGAGGAGCGCUGCUCAUGGAGACGACGGAUGACAGUGGUAAGAAGAAAGGAAAGGCCAAGUACACCUCCAAGGGUUUGUCGAACGUGUUGAUGCAGCUGCGUAAAGUAUGCAACCACCCAUACCUCUUCCAAACGAAUGGGUACCAGAUUGAUUUCGAUAUCGUACGGUCGUCCGGCAAGUUCGAGCUGCUAGACCGCAUGCUGCCGAAGCUGAAAGCUGCGGGUCAUCGAGUGCUGAUGUUCAGUCAAAUGACGCAACUGAUGCACGUUUUGGAGGACUAUUUCAACUAUCGUGGAUUCCGUUACCUUCGUCUGGAUGGGUCUACAAGUGCCGACGAACGUGAACAGCGAAUGUUCAUGUUCAACGCCUCAGACUCCCCAUUCUUCAUCUUCCUCCUGAGUACUCGCGCGGGUGGUCUCGGGCUGAAUCUUGCGACGGCGGAUACAGUCAUUAUCUUCGAUAGUGACUGGAAUCCCGCCAUGGACGCCCAGGCUCAGGACCGUGCGCAUCGAAUUGGGCAAAAGAAUGAGGUGCGCGUCUUCCGCCUCGUGACCAAUAGUCCCGUGGAAGAGAAGAUUCUGUCGCGUGCUACUGACAAGAUGAAUAUGAACAACCUUGUCGUGGAGGCAGGUAAAUUCAACAACAAGUCAAAAGAGGCAGAGCGACGUGCGAUGCUGGAGAGUCUCAUAAAGAUGGAACAGGAGGAGGCUGCCCAUGCUGCCCAUGGCGACGAUGAGUCGUCGAAUGUCUUACUGGAUGACGAGAUCAAUGAGAUGAUGGCUUUAACAGAUGAGGAGCUGGCCUUGUAUCAUCGUCUGGAUGAUGAGCGCAAGGCUCGCGAAUCGAAGGAAUGGGGAGAAUAUUGCAAGCAGUACAACGUCCCAUACUCUCCUCGCUCUCGACUUAUGGCAGAGAAGGACGCCCCAGCCUGGCUACGCGAAGCCAACGACGUUAUGGAGCACGAUAUCGCCACCGGAAAGCACGACAAGGACGCUUGGAACUUUGAUAUGGAAGCCGUCGCAGGCAAACCUCGCAAGCGCAAGGAAAUGUCGUAUCGUGACCAGUUCACAGAUGCAGAGUUUGUCAAAAUGUGUGAGGAUGGGAUUGAUGAAAACGAGAUGAAGGCGGCAGCCGCAAAGAGUCCAAAGGAAUGCAAGCAAGGCAAACGGAAGCGAGACGAAGACGAAGAAUUUGUGGACCCUAAUUCCAUUGAAGGCGAUGAUAAUCCAAACGAUGACGAUGCUGGUAGACGCGAACGCAAGAUGCUUUGCUACUACUACAAGAAGGUUUACGACGCUGUUAUUAAGCUUAAGGACCCAACAGGGCGUCUUCGUUCCGAGCUGUACAUGGAGAAACCAUCCGCUGUGGACUACCCUGACUACUACACGAUCGUAAAAGAGCCAAUGGACUUGACAACCAUGAAGGAGCGGCUAGACAUGUACUACUACGCGUCCCACGACCAGUUUGAGCGGGAUUUUAAUCUCAUGGUGGGUAACGCGCAGUUGUACAACCAUCCAGAGUCGCUGGUAGUGUUUGAUGCACUCGAGAUCGACAAGUGCGUCAAGACCAAGAUGAAACCUCUACACCUUAAGACAAUGGAGCAGAUCGCAGCAGCUUACGAGAAGGCCAAGAAAGACCAUAAGCGUCGCUCCAAGAACCGCAAAGACAAGAAGAGGCGUCACCACUAA